AUGCCUCUCGAAGUGCGAAAAGGGUCCCUGCGGGGUUUAAAAACUUCGCUGCCGAAGCAUCUCCGGAAAGUCGAUUUGAAGUAUUUGCGGUUGGGGGGUGACUGUGCCAACAAGUAUUUUCAGGGAGCAGUUGUUAUUUCCUAUCCAUUAACUAGACUUGGAGAUGGAAAAGCGUUCUUCAAAAUUGUACUUCAAGAAUCAGAAAACUCAUGUAACAGGACUGACACCAUCAAUGUUUUACUGUUCGGGAAAUUGGCAGAGGACUGUGAAAAAGUGGUACAUCAAGGGGACACCAUGGUGGUAGCUGGAUUCAACGUGGCAAAAUCUGCCAGUGAAGAUGACAGGCAUUGCUGCCAGCUGGAAAUGGCUGAUGAGGCUGGGUCAUCUAUUUAUAUUUGUCCUAAGUCACCACGUACAGCAGCUGCUUCAGAAACAGCCAUAUCUGUUGCCCCAAAGUACACAUAUACUCCUCUGAAUCAGCUGAAAGGUGGUACUGUUGUCAACCUGUAUGGUGUUGUGAAAUUCUUCAAACCUCCAUAUGUGAGCAGAGGAACUGAUUAUUGUUCAGUGGUAACAAUUGUGGACCAGUCUGACACUAAGUUGGUUUGCAUGCUUUUUAAUGCAAACAGAGAUGCUCUUCCAAAAAUCUACAAAAAUGGUGACAUUGUUCGAUUUCAUAGAAUAAAGGUCCGAGAGUUCAGUGGACAGAUGCAAGGAAUUACUAAUAAUGGCUUUGCAGCGCUUACUUUUGACAGCACAGUAGGAGCACCAGUGGUUCCCCGAACCACUACCACAUUAUUCACGUUUACUGAUGAAGACAAGAAAACAGUGGAAGACUUGCGCAUUUGGGUGGCAAGAAAUUUUUCGAACUCUGCACCAGCAGCAAAUUUAUCUAGUAUCCAGCCACAAAUGUUUUUUGACCUCACUUGUCAUCUAGUUGGGAAAGCAAAAGUAGAUGGAUCUUCCUAUCUCCUUAAGGUGUGGGAUGGUACCAAAUGUCCUUUCCCAUCUUUGAAAGUGCUCGUCAAAGAAGAUGAUCUCGAAGGAGAUAGAGUUCUCAUCAAUCAACUGAAAAAUCUGACUGUGGAUGUUAUCGUAUAUGAUAACCAUGUACAGUUAGCAAAAUCACUGAAGGUUGGAAACUUCAUCAGAAUGUACAGUUUGCAUGCAAAAACCCAAAACCCUGAAGGCAAGCCUGAAGUUUCAUAUGUACAGUUCCAUCUUCAUGGGGGCACCGGCUAUGGCCGCGGAAUUACCAUCCUGCCAGAAAACCACACAGAUGUCAAAGAACUAAAGGCAUUCCUGGACACUGUGGAUUUGAGAGAACAUGCAGGUUCAGAAAGCCCUUCAUCUCAGGAAACUGAAGACUCAUAUCUUACAUUAGGAUCCUGCGUAGAGGGAUACCAACAGUUAUCGGUUACAGUGCUAACUGAUCACCAGCAUUUGGAUGUGACAACAGUGAAUACUAUUUUGAAUAGCAGAGUUCCUCAACAAUAUCGCGUCAGAGCGAAGCUGAAAAGAUUUGAACCCAACAAGCUCCAUCAGUCUGUGAAACUUCUUUGUCCUCAGUGUAAUUCAUUGCAAGAAGUUCCAGAUGUGACUGAGUUUGAUGCACUUUUACAAGCUUCAGCUACACGUCCAAAUCCGGAUUUACAAAAUAUACCCUUCUGUGAAUCUGUUGUGUGGGAUUUAGAAAACCAGGGAUGUCGAUAUGUAGCAGUUCACUUUGUAACUCGGUAUGAACUACUUCAAGAGCCAGAAGACAGUUUGAUUAUGAUUGAAGGAGGGACCUUAACAGAAAUCUUAAGGCUUUCCAAAAAAUUCAAAGGGAUUAUACCUGUGAGAUCGUUAGAAGAGAACCUUGUGUUACUGGACCUUUCGGCACCAUUUUUUUGGCAAGGGAAUAUUCAAUACUAUGGGUGUCAGCGCUGUUCAAACCCAAAGGCAGUGCCAAGUCUGUAUGCCCUUGCUCAACAGCAAAAUGCAACAUGGGAGCCCGCUACAAUAGCAAAAGUUUUAGGCAUUGUCCUCCUUCAGUAUGUUUUCGUGAUGAAGUUUACGCUGGAUGAUGGAACAGGAGCACUAGAUGCAUACCUCGUUGAUAAUAAAACUUUUUUCCAGAUUCCAGCUUCUGAAAUCCUGACCAGUAAUGUUUAUCAAAGGAAUAUGGAAAGGAUUAUGAACAAACUUCACCCCACAGGAAGAAAUCAAGAUGACUUGCCGUGGUUGGAAUGCUUCAUCAAAUCGUAUUAUGUCAGGGAUGAAACAGAAGAACAACUUUCUUAUCAGAUUUUUGACACCAUGAUUGCUGAAGAUGUGUGAUACAUCGAGCUGCUUCAAACAUUGAAGGCCUGU